AUGUUCGAAGAACAUUCACAAGAAAAUAAUUUAAAGCCAUCAUUUUUCUCCCGGUCAUCCAAGUAUCAACUGGACGUUAAUUCCGUCUACCGACCUAAAUAUUCCACCCUCAUGCUUGAUGAGCCAUUAAGUAAGCCAUUUUUCUCCCGCAACGAUGGAAAACCAUCAGAUAAAGUCAAAUCAGCAUCAAGGCCUGAUGUUUCGACUCCACCUUCCACCGAAUCCCUAUCUGAAAAAAGUAAUCGCGAUUCUUCUCUUGAAUGGAAUGUUACUCAAACACCUUCGGAUAUUAAAAACAAACCAGACGAAGUAACCCCUUCUCUCAAAUCAGAAGUUCUUGCUAACGAUUCUGUGGAACCUUGUGAGGUAGAUGACUACGUGGAUAAGUCGGAUAAUAAGUUACCAUCGGAAACUGAAAAGCUAACCACUUCUGAAGAAUCCCAAAAAUGUGAUACACCGCCGACUUCGGUCUCUACACCUCCUCCUCAGGCUUCGGAAUCUUCUAAGUCGAGUACUUCAUUUGCUUCAACCUUUACUCCUACUCCUUUAAUGGAUCUUCCUCCCUCCAUUUAUCUUCCAUCAUUCCAUUUAAAUCCUGUCUUUCUCAAUCCUAAUGUGGCUUCAUUUGCUCCUACUCCUAUUGAAUCUCUCAUGAACCCUGUGAUUGCCCCACAAAUUUUCUCCCAGCAACCAUCUAUGCCACUUCCAAGGAAACCGUUUUCAAGAUCUAAGAAUAAGCAUAUUAACAACUCCCCUCAGCCACUGUUUCAGGAUAAUAGUCUUUAUGGUUUAGGUUUUCCACAGAAUGGAACCAACAAAGAGUAUUAUGUAAUGAUACAUGUUGAGGCUGGUGCCACCUUUUCCAUUCGAACUGGGGAUCAAGAACAACAAAUUCCAGGACCGGCAACAGUACGGUUAGUUGUGAAUAAUGGUCCUCCCUUGCCUAUGUCAAUGCAAGUUCCACCUGGACACUUGGUACAGCAGAUUGUGGAUGAAGACGGUAUUCUAACUCAUCUCAUCCUCACACCGAUUCAUCCUUACCCUCAAUACAAUGGUACUAUGGGAAAUUCUGCCCUUCCUCGACCUCCCAAUUUCGUGCCCCCUAAUUCUCGUCUGCCUCCAAGACUCUUUGCUUCAGGGAAUAGUGGUUUGAAUGUGGUCAUUAGUCCAAAAACUGCUCCUGGUCUUGCUAUUGCUGGACCUACUUGGCAUGGACCAGCACCACUUGGUCCACCAAUUCCUCUCCAACAUGGAAUACUUCCAUCGAUGCCUCCUGGAACAGAUUUUCUUUCAGCAACCUCGACGGUAACAGUGGGCGGUGAACUCAAUGCACUCAAUCCUUAUCCGCCGGCUCAAACUCUAAUUGAGACGAAACGUAAAUCGAAGACAGAAAAGCAAACAACGUGUAUUAAGAAGGAAAUGGUCGAAGAAAUACCCACUAAAACUCCAUCAGAUUCAACAAAGGCCUCAUCUUCUGCGUCAGUGCGAACCAAGAAACAGCCAACAGCAUCUUCAAACAGCAAGAAAAAGCCAUCACUGGAUACAGAGUCCUCCAAAACCCGAUCCAGAAAUCCUCGAAAGUGUCCCUCAAAAGAAUCCUCAACCGAGGAUUCCUCGAACAAGAAGACUUCCAACUGCAACGGGGAAACGAAAAUCGGUCGUAGUGAUACCAAGGACAACUUAGAUUCCACAAUCCCAGAAGUGCUACGAGAUGUACGUACUGUGAGCCCUUUCGCUUCUUUUCCUAUUGGCCCAUUAGACUUUGCUUCGGCUACCAUUGUUGAUUUAGACGGUAAAUGCAAAGUGGAAUUGGCAUCUCGGGAGACAGAUCAAGCCGAAGACAUGAGUCAAAAUCAGCGUGCAAUUAAACCCGUAAAUGUCGUCCGGCCGACGAAUGGAGGUCGUCCAUUGCCAUUAUUAAACGGUGAUUUAACUCCAGCAGAAGCCUGCGAAUUGAAAGCAUCUUUAGGUGGUCGAUUGAACGGACGUGCGUUGAAUUCUUCUGCCCUGACAUCCUUGUCCAAUUCAACGGCCACCAAUUCCACUACCCCAGCGACCAUUCCGUCCGACAACAACGUGUGGACAGCUCGAAAGCUGGCUGCUCUCAGCAGUGCCUCGGAGACCUCUAAUACUGCAGCAACUCCAUCGCACGUUACAAGUACUGGUGAUCAACCGGAGAAGAGCGGUGAUAGAGUUGUCCAACAAAGCAGUCCAUCUACCCCAACUAAAACUAGCAAAUCUUCUACUUCAGAAAAACGUAAAAAGGCCCCAAACAAGGGCGGAGACACCUCAAAGUCAAAGGGUGGAUCAGAAAGUGGAUCGAAUGAAAAGAAAUCGGGUAAAAAGAAUCAACAACAAAAGCAACAGCAUUUGGAUAGUGGGGUUACGGAUUCCUCGAAUACUAUACCAACUACUGUGUCUACAAUUCUCGAUGUUACAGAUCCAGUACCUUCCACUUUCCUCCCCAAUGGCGCCCAACCAGCAUUCUACGCCCCACCUCAUUUCUAUGCCACAGGGGGUCCCUUUUUCCCGGGUCCUCAACAUGUACCACCUCAUCCUCCCCAUGGAUGCUUUCUUCCUCCUCAUCAAUCCCAGAACCAUCACUUGACCCCUUAUGUCUUUUCAGGUACUCAUCCCGGAGUCCACGGACCCCCAUAUCUCUCCUUUCAGCCUCCACACCUUGUUCCAACUGGUCCAAUGCACCACCCUCAUCCCACAGGAGGUCAAAAUAUAGCUGUGAAUCAAGGCGCCAGUUCAAAUAGUUCAGGUCCUCAGUUAAUUGGACUGCCUCCUCCAUAUGUGGGAACUACUCCGACGGCAGUUGCGGCUCUCGCAGCCUCAGCUGCUUCUGGCAUUGGAAUGUCAGAAGAGGAGAGGAAUGCUAUUGUCCAGGUCUUGUCAAAGAUUGCUCCGCCUAAGAUAAGCGAAGUUAGUUGUAACAACGUGACUAUCAAUAUCUCUCUUCCCGAGGGCAUCACUGAUCCCUUGACAUCUACCGAGGAUAAUUCCAAACCGGCACAACCCCAAGUUAAAGAUGACAAUUCCACCGAACUUGAACCAAGAACCAAGAACAGCAUUGAUGAGGAGGAGGGGAAAAGCAAAGAACGUCAAACUCCUGACUCUUCCCAGUCCAACACCAAAUCCUGGUCCAUUUCUCCCUCAGAGCUCGGAUUUGCAUUGUAUCUUGCAGAGAGAAACGACAAUUACGUCUGUGUCUACGUCGGUGAAGUUAUGAGUAUUCUACUGCAAGACUUGAGGCCCGGAGUUCAUUAUAACACGAAAGUAUGCUGCAUGUAUGAGGGUCUUUGUGGUGCCGCAUCUGAGUCGGCGGAAUUUACAACUCUAACGACAAUUCCAGCACCUCCACGCUUACCGAAUGUCUUCGCGAGGACAAAGAGUUCUCUCUGUGUUCGUUGGGCAGUUCCAGCCGACAAUGGAUCCAAAAUCACCUCUUACCGGCUUCAAUGUGCAACUGUCACCAAGGGAGGGGCACGAAGACCUUGA